AGAGCGGCUGACGGCACACCGGCGGCAUGAGACGAGGUGUAUUAGGGGCGCUUGUGGCCCUAGCGAUCGCUUCCAGCCAGGCAAGUGGUGGUGGGACCAGCUCAGCUGGAAUUACAGGAGGAAGUAGCUAUGCCGAGAUUCCAAGUGCAAGUACGAGUACCUACAGCAGUAGUGUAGAAACCAGCAGCUACGCUGACGGAGGUGGAGGAGGAGGUAGUGGCGGUGGCGGAUACAGUGCUCCAUCCGGAGGUGGUGGAGGCAGUAGUGGAAGCAGCGGUGGUGGAGGUUACAGAGCCCCUUCAGGAGGUGGUGGAGGCAGUAGUGGAAGCAGCGGUGGUGGAGGUUACAGAGCCCCUUCAGGAGGUGGUGGAGGCAGUAGUGGAAGCAGCGGUGGUGGAGGUUACAGAGCCCCUUUAGGAGGUGGUGGAGGCAGUAGUGGAAGCAGCGGUGGUGGAGGUUACAGAGCCCCUUCAGGAGGUGGUGGAGGCAGUAGUGGAAGCAGCGGUGGUGGAGGUUACAGAGCCCCUUUAGGAGGUGGUGGAGGCAGUAGUGGAAGCAGCAGGUGGUGGGAGGUUACAGAGCCCCUUCAGGAGGUGGAGGCAGUGGAAGCAGUGGUGGAGGCAGCAGGAGGUGGUGGAGGCAGUAGUGGAAGCAGCGGUGGUGGAGGCAGCCCUAUUACUGGUUCUACUAAUAGUAAAGUAGUGGUGUGCUCCUUCAAGAGUGGUGAAGCUCCUUCAAGUGGCGGCGGUGGUGGUGGAGGAGGAUACAGUGCUCUUCAAGUGGUGAUGAGUGCCUUCAAGUGGCGGCGGUGGUGGAGGUACAGUGCUCCUUCAAGUGGCGGCGGUGGAGGAGGAUACAGCGCUCAAGUGGCAGUGGCGAUGGAGGAGGAUACAGUGCUCCUUCAAGUGGCGGAGAGGGCAGCGGCGGUGGAGGUGCCUUCUGGCGGCGGCGGUGGUGGAGGAGGAGGAUAG